UCUCCUAGAAGCACGAAGUAGAGCCAGCCGUCAUGGCGAGCUCAACUCAACUGGGCCCGCCAGUUCCUCCGAGACCCCCAAUACGCACACUGAACGACCGACUGUCACUCUCGCCAAUGUACCGACUGCCGCUGGGCAUGCUGCUGGGUUUUGCUAGUGGUGGACUACUUGGAAUGGCCAAAGGUUCUCAGGAUGCUGGCUUUCGCUUCACAGCCGAGAAUGCCCAUCGGCAGCCCAAAACACAGACAGGCUGGUAUCUGUAUCACAAGAGCAAGAACUACAACACGAUUUUUGGUGGAGUCAAAGAAGGUUUCAAGCAGGCAUGGCGCUAUACGUUCUGGGUGGGCAUGUAUUUUGCCAUGGAAGAGGAGGCGCGUCAAAUCGCCGGGAAUCGAGAUUGUCUCAGCAGCAUGUUUGCUGGACUGGGAACCGCCGGAAUAUUCAGCGCGUGGAAUCGUUUCCCGCUGCCUACUGCUGCGAGGACAGCUAAACUAGGUGCUAAGGCCGGGUUUGGAUUUGGACUGCUACAGGAUGCAGUGAGCCUGGUCAGAGGACGCAGAGUGGGAUAUGUGGAAUUCGUCAAACGGGUCACCUUGGGCAGCAGUGAAGAUGGAGAUGGACAAGGAGACGAGGUGGCGGUGUGAACGGCAAUCUCGGACAAUGGAAUGAGGCUUUCAUCUCAAGAGGCUGUCAGAGACCGGCGCAUCGAAGCUCCUGAGAACCUGGUCCAUCGGUUUCCAAGCAAUCUGCACCCAUCCAUCCAGCUGCGCGAAAUUCAGUGCUCAACGGCGAGCAACGCGUGGAUGAUCAUGAAUGUCACCUACAGGACUCUGGCUUGUCAAGACGACUUUGUCAUUGUAAUGUAGCUAGACUAUCUCACGCUCGUCUGAGUACUCGCAACUCAGGCACCUGCUACGGACCGGAUACCGACGGAGGAGCAAAGCACGUCGGAAUGUCUUUCUCACCAAGGUCCACCACUAUGCCACACUACACUGCUCC